AUGGAGACCGAGCCACCCAAGAUGCUCGCCGUGAUGGCCACGAUGAUGAUGAUCGCCACCGCCGCUGCACUUGUGCCGGAGGCGGCGGUGCUUGCAGGACAGGCGAGGGCACUCCUUGUCUGGAAAGCCAGCCUCGACGACCAAAGCCAGCACACACUGCAGUCCUGGGAGAACAUAUCGGCGCCCUGCAGCUGGCGUGGCAUCACGUGCACAGGGCAACACCGCCGGCCGGUGAUCAGCGGCAUCUCUCUGCGGGCGAUGCGGCUGAGAGGGGUGCUGGGGCCACUCGACUUCUCAGCCUUGGCGACCUUGACGUGCCUCGACCUCUCGCACAACCAGCUCAGCAGGAGCAUCCCUGCCGGCAUUGAGGUCCUCGGAGAGCUCCGAGCUCUGCUUCUACAAGGCAACCAGAUAAGAGGCUCCAUUCCACUAGGCCUAGCAAAUCUCACAAAAUUACGCUCCUUAAUGCUUCAUGAAAAUGAAAUCUCCGGGGGAAUACCAAGGCACAUAGGCAACAUGAGUAGUCUUUUGACCCUCAACUUGUCGGUCAAUCACUUGGUCAAAUCCCCUUUUAAAUAG